GCGCGUCAGUCGUGAUUUUGUGACCGUACGCCCACGUUCGUCUGUCUUAACAGCUACGAACGGCCUUCGUCCGGUCCGCAUUGCUACGGCUGCGAAGCGGUUCUUGUCAGCGUGGCUUGUGGCCAAGUGAACGGCGAAAUUUUGCCCGGGCCCAUUGUUACGCAAGGUGUGACUCGGGUAACAGCGAGGGAUGGAAGUGCCAGACGUCACAGGCGCGGCGCAGCCUUCUGUCGAUGGCGAGAGUGGUGCGACCCACCAGGCGGUCCAGCCUCCAGGCGCCGACACGUGGCCGGCGCCUUACGAGCCCCCGCCGGAGGGCGCCUUCGGCUACGGCCGCUCUCAGAACUCGACUCCGACGAUGGCCCCGGCGAUGGACGCCAACGGCUCCGACGCCUUCGCGCCGCAGUCCCACUCGACUCUCUUGCAGGACGCGGGCCAGUCUAUGUCUUCCAGCGUCAGCCGGCCGGCGCCCGGCUGCCCCCCGGACGAUCAGCAGGCGCCGAGGCGGUUCUACACGGGCGACAUAGCGGACGCCUACGACGAGGCGUGCAACUUCUGGAGCUUCCUGGACCAGGAACUGGAACCCAAGGACAUAAAGGUGGAGCCGUCGUCGCCCUCCUGGCCGGAGGCUGACUCGACGUCGUGCCCCCCGUACGGUGGCGCAGCCGGUCCCUACUGUUCCCUAAACUGUUCCCCGGCGACCCUCGAGCAUCAGCCGACGCCAGUCCGGUACGACGAGCCGCGCGCGCCGACUGUUACCGCGGACUCUGCGGCGAUGACGAGCUGCUGCUACUACGAACUCCAGCCGCCGCCCCCGCCGCCUGCUUCCACGGGCUCCAGGGACCCGAUGAUGUGUCCCUCGCCUAGCCACUGGCCGAUGGAUCUCUCCCUUCGCCUGUGCACCACCGAGCCCUACUACCACUGCCCGCUUCCGGCACCGCCACCGCAUAGGCCUCGUGCUGCGGCCGGGGACUGGAACCAGCAGCAGUCGCCGCAGUUUGCCGACGGCGGCGCCACUGGACUGCCACAGAGGGGACACGGAAUGCGCAAUUCGGUUUCGGUAUUGGACGACGGGCUGGAUGCAGCCUCCAGCUUGUACCCCAACCAGCAGGCCUGGCACGGACAAGAAGGCAUGGUUCCUCGCUUGACCAGCGACGUGCCCGAGGUGCCGCUUUCUCCGACCGGUGCUUUCCUGAAGCGCUUUCCCUACGUCGGCCCACGAGACGAUACCGUGGCAACGCCGCAUCCACCCGUGCCCCCACCGACGCCGCUUCCGCCAACCUCCUCGCCUCACGUCGCUUCCGGUUCACAGGUUCCGGAUGGCGCCAGGAUCUACUAUCGCAAUGGUUCCCCAGCGGAGGUCCGCGGCCAAGCGUCGAACGCCGCCGCGCAGGGCCGGCCGAACUUCCAGGAACCUCCGUCGCCGCCUGCGACCAUGACGACGCUGCUGUCCGCAGUCCAGCAGAAGCAGCAGCAGCAGCAAGCGAGCACCGCUGUGCCCGCCUCGUGCCACCAGAGGCCUCGCAGCCUGUUCCAGGGGCCCCCCGCCUUCGUGCAGCUGCAGAGGAGCCCCAGGGCCCGACCGGCGCCGGUCGCCACCCACACCCUGGUGACGCUCAACGCUCGCUCCUCCGCCGCCGGGACGCCGUCGGCCGCGGGCUGCGCGUCGCGUUUCGCCGCGGCCCCCACGUAUUACAACGCGCUGCUUCAGCCUCUGCCUGCGAUCAACCAGGUACCUCCAAGGUCUGGAACCAUCGCCGUCUCAUCCGCCUCCCACCCUUCGUCGAACUCGCAGCAGCAGCAGCAGGCCGCACAGGCGACGGGCGAGGGUCACCAGCAGCAGCAGCAGCAGCAACAGCCGCCGGCGCCGCCACAGCAGCAGCAGCAGUUCCGGUUUCCCAGGUCCAACCUGACCCUGCUGCUGACGCCGACCGUGAGGCACGGCGGCGCCACCUCUGCGGCGCCCGGCAUCAACCUGGCCGCCGCGGCCCCCGGGUCCAUCCUGCUGCACUCGCCCUCUGGCGGACAGUUCCGCCACCCGCUGGCCGCCGCAGCCGGCCUGGUGCACGUCGGCCGCUUCCAGACGGCGCAGGCCUCGACGUCGACCUCGGCGAUGCCGGACUCGGCGACCAAGCCGCGCAGGACGGCUGCCGAACGGUCUCAUCCAGCUGUCAACUACGCGCUACGUUCCCUGAAGAUUGGACCUUUUCUGCUGGAAGCGGAAGACCCCGAGCUGAACCUGGGCUACAAGUUCAAAAUCAUCUUCAGCAAGAGGCGCUUUAUGUACGAGUUCGAGAGCGUGCCAUCCUCGGAGGACGAAGGGAUGCGGCUGUCCUGCGUCAUCGUGCCCUUCCAGUCUCUGCAGGCCCUGCGCUGCGAGCACGACUACAUCCUCGUCGAGGUGCAUUCGAGACCCGUCAUGUUCCUGGGCCGACGCACCUCCCCUUCGAACAAGAAGGGCGCCGCCAGCGCCGCCUCCACGUCGUCCCUGUCCGACCACUUGGAGCACUAUCCCGUGCACAAGGUUCAGCUGAACACCACCGACGUGGUUCGCAUCCGCCACCUGCUGUGGCAGUUCAACCCGCGGUUUCACGAGCUCAUGCUGCGACGCAUGAGCGACGCCGACACCAAGCUCGACGAGCCCCUGCCGCCGUACGGGGCGCCGGGCAGAGCGGCCUGGCGAAACGAGCUCGCCAAGGCCAACAAGGCCGCCAGGAAAACCCCCGUAAGUCGACGCCGCGGCAUGGCGGGCCGCAACAGGGCCGUAGCCGCGGCAGGCCAUCCGGUCUCCGCCAUGCUCGGCGGUCCGGGAGCGUCGUCGCUCGUGCCCUUCGCGGGGUUGCCGUCGUCGUCGUCGUCGGCGGCGGCGUCGGGCGCGCCGUCCCCGACGUGCGCGUGCCGCGUGAGCUGCCGGGUGGCCCGCUGCUCGUGCGCCAAGGCCCGCACCCGCUGCGACCCCGCCCGCUGCGUCUGCCUGGCCUGCGACAACCCGUUGAACCUGCUCGAGGCAGUGGGCAUCCCGCUCGCGGAAGCCCAGGCGGACCCGUGCCUCAUGCAGGCCGUCUUCCAGGUGUCCGACCUCCCGUGGUACCUGUGCCAGCAGGUUCGCCUCAACUGCUGCCCGGAGUCCGUCAUGGUGCGCGAGUGCAUCCCGGGCCCGAUGCCGUGCCCGCGGUGCCGGCACCCCGCGCAGUACUCGUGGUGCGCCAACACGCUCUUCCACGGCUCCACCAACCACUGCUCGGUGUGCGUGCGCUGCAACCUGUUCGCCGGCCAGCACUGCCAGGCCUGCAACUCGUGCUACUACUACAGCGGCAACGACAAGAACUGUCCCCGAUGUCGCCGCACUCGGGGAAUGGAGAUCGUGCAGAGGCAGGCGGUGGCAGCGACCACCGUGCAGCUGCUGUCCAUCCAAGCGUUUCCCGAGUACCAGCAAACGCAGGCGCAGCAGUCGGAGGCGCCGGCCAUGCUGCAAGCGAUCGACGCGCCUCCAGCGACAGUAGUGCUGAACGAUGCGCAGGCCUCCCAGACCGCGACUGUGGUCGUGGAGGAGCCUCAAGAAUCCAGCAAUGACGCUGCACUCGAACCCGAAGACAUAGUUCCUGACGUAGUUCCUCACGUGGUUCGUGACGUAGUUCCCGACGUGGUCCCCGACGUACUGCACGACGUGAUCGUAGUCCCUGGCGGUGACGACAGCUUUGAAAAGCCCGCUGCGGCUGACGUAAUUCAAGCGGAGGACAAAGCGGCAGUAAUUUGCGGCAACAGCCAACCCGGCGACAGAGACAGCGCGCCUCCGCUGGUCGUUGACAUUUAAUUUAGUGAGAUAGGAACUCGGCGUGUGUUGGUCACAAACGACAGUUGCAGCCUGCCGUUCCGCUUGUGCCGGAAAUUCGCCUCGUUCCGCGUCACGAUUUCUGUCCACAGUAAUGUUGGUUGACCGCGGACUUAAGGUAUCUAGGUCUGCUUGGCUGUGAUUUCGGUUGUUACUUGUCACGGCAGGUGUUGUAAGGGAAGAGAAUUUGAUAGGUAGACGGGCGUAGCUUUCAGGAUUCAUUGCGUACUUGGCUAAGCUAGACUAUGUUGCGGGGAUUCGGAUCGGGUAAGGUACCUCAGGUUCAAACGGUGGCGAUGUCGCUCCUGACAAACAACAGGUGAACAAAAAUCGAGUCUCGCAAUACACGUAAGUUGUGUCCAUUCAUGGCAACACGGAAAGUGGUAGGGCGCUACAGUUUACUGCUGAUUGUAAUUUUUCAAAUGUGUAUUGGAGUAAUGCCAGAAAUAUUGAAUGCUGAAUGGUCGCGUCUAUACUGUCAACUCAUCGAGCGCACAUUGCGGGGCACACUUGACCUCUGGAAGUGUUAUAGUCGCAGGGUGCGUGAAAAAAAUUAUUGUAAUAUAUUCUAGUGUUCGUGACUUAAAACCGCAACUUCUCCUCCGAGUAGUUUGUCAAUGGCUUGGCUGCUACUAUUAUGUUCUCAUUUGUACUAGUCACUUGGGGUUACCCUGACAAGCCGGACGGAUUUCGCGAGAACAGCGUCAUUGCGUCGCUUCUGUUUCUAGAAUACUCACUUUGUAUUCGACGUUACGUAAUUCCGCGCAGGUUGCGCGGGCGAGUCUUGUAGUGUUCCUUUUUAUACGUAGAGUGUGCGCUUCCAAGACCUCAACCUGUAUUGUUCCGCGAGCCUUUGCGGAAUGUUCUUUUUUAUCCUCGUUUCGUUCAUCAGUGUCCGCUUCGCUGGAGACAUGUCGUUCGAUCUACUACUUUAAAAGUUCGAGUAAAUUGCUCCAAGGGAGCUGUGUCACGUGCUCCACGUAACCUCUGCCCUCCUCCACCCCCCCACCCCCCGUCCUUGCUUAUCGCGCCUCACGUAUUGUAUUGUUCCACUUCGAGAUCACUAAAGCCUCGCACGUACACCCUCACACGCGCCAACCGUCAAUGCAUGUUUGAGCGCCGCAAGAUAUAAUCUUUUUCCCGGUGAUCUUUUGAAAAAUGUAGAUGCUGCAGCUUCACGCCGCAUUUUUUGCGACCUUCCAGAAACGCACUAUAGGGAAGCUGCUGCUUCUUCGGUCGUUUCAAGCAAUGUAAUGCAGCUUUUCUACAGCAUUCCGCUAGCGGGAACACAGGGAGCCGCGAGGUAUCCGAGGUUCUCUGACUGGCGCUUUGCACUUUUCUCAGAAUCUCUCAUAUAUGGCAUUUUUGUUUUCCUUAUGGCACCGAAUAGUUGUUACGUGCUCUUGUAUCUGAACACGGCAUGGUAUACUUCAUGCUGCAGAGCAAAAUGCAUUCGUUUGAGGCAGACUCGUUUGCUUGUACAACAAAGCAGUGGUUUUCGUGUUCAUGCAGCAAUGCGGAAAUGCAGUCGACGUUCCCGUCAUGAGGCAAUGACCCCGCUUCAUGUUCCUGCUUUGCAAUUCGGUUAGUUGACCCAUGCGCAGUCGUUAAUCGCUUGCUGAGCUGAUCGCAGUGUUACCUUUAAUCUGCAGCCUGUUGUCCUUGCGUCGUUGUUACCGUUUCGAAAGACAGAAAAUUUUCAAAUGAAGCUGUUAAGAUGAUUUAUUUAUUUAUUUAUUUAUUUAUUUAUUUAUUUAUUUAUUUAUUUAUUUAUUUAUUUAUUUAUUUAUUUGUAGUUUCUGUGUUCAUUUCUUUACUUAUUUGUUAUAUUUUAUUAUUUGAAGUUCUCAUUGAUAUCUCGGCAGAUUGUUGCUACAAACGCUAGUUGGGUUAAGGUAUAAAUCAUUCCUUCAUUUGCUUUGAUAUGCAUUCGCUCGAUGCAUAGCAUCACAAAUUUUAUGUGUCAACAUAAAUUUUGCAUUUGAAUGCAGCAUUGUUCUAGAUGUGAGUCUUUUUCUUAUCGCCCUGUUUAUAUUCGUGGUCGUAUGGGUCAGUUCGCAGCAUGGUACAGCUCCUGAAAAUUUUUGCUAAUUACUUGAAACUUGAAAGAACUGACUCGUACUGCUCGAGAAUAUGUGACUGUUUACAUUCGGUCAUUCUGUUAAUGCUGUUGGCGAGCGAAUGUAUUUUCUUUUUUCGCGGCUGUAGCUUAUGUCAUGUAAUGACAAACUACAGUUAGUGCUGCGCUCAUUGGUGUAUUCUUGUUUCCGCACAUUAAUAUCUAAGUGAGAUUCAUUUUGUUUGAUAAGGCUGGUGUGCACCAGCCAACACGAUUUUUUUUCAUUAUUAUUAUUAUUUUGAGCCAGAAAUUCGCCGCGGUUUCUUUGGGUACCCUCGCACUCAAAGUGGGCUUCAUUUUGUUUUGUAGGCCUGGAAGGCAAACCGGCCUUUCGUAUAUUUUGUGCCGCAAUAAACGCACUACGUUUGUGUUACACUGA